AUGCAUCUUGGCCACGCUGCGAGCCUGCUCACUGCUUUGGCAGUCUCUGUCCAUGCCUUCCCGACAGAGUCGCAUAUCAAAGCGCGCGGUCUCUUGGGUUCUUCCUUUGGCGUGCCCGGGAACAAUGCCACCUUCGACUACAUCAUCGUGGGUGGUGGUACUGCGGGCCUGACUUUGGCCACCCGUUUGGUAGAGCAGCAGAAGGGCUCCGUGGCCGUCAUUGAGGCCGGUGGCUUCUACGAGAUCGACAAUGGCAAUAUCAGCCAAGUCCCUGCCUUCGACGGAACGUACACCGGCCGGUCCAAGACGGACUGGCAGCCGUUGAUCGACUGGGGAUACGUCACCACCCCUCAAGCUGGCUCCUACAACGACGAGCUGCACUAUGCCCGCGGGAAAUGCCUCGGGGGCAGUUCCGCGCGCAACUACAUGGUCUACCAGCGCGGCACCACAGCUUCCUACAAGCGAUGGGCCGAUGCCGUGGGAGACCAGAGCUACACCUUUGAGAAGUUCCUGCCUUUCUUCGAGAAGAGCAUCAGGUUCACCCCGCCCAACAUGGAACUGCGCUUCAAGAACGGGUCCGCCGAGUACGACCCGCACGUCAUGGGCAACGGCUCCGGUCCGCUGUCGGUGACCUUCUCUCACUAUGUGCAAGCCUUUGGCACCUGGGCGACCAAGGGACUACAGGCCAUUGGCAUCCCAAUCGUGCCGGGCUUCCAGAGCGGCUCGCUCUUGGGUCAGUCCUACAGCAUGUUCACCAUCAACGCCACCACCAUGGUGCGCGACUCAUCCGAGACCUCCUUUUUGCGCAAAGGCCUCGAAUACUCCAACUACAUGGUGUAUCAGACCACCAUGGCCAAUAAGGUCAUCUUUGACAAGAACAAGCGUGCCACCGGCGUGAUCGUGGACACUGAGGGUCUCACCUACCAGCUCAACGCUCGUAAGGAGAUCAUCCUGUCAGCCGGUGCCUUUGGCUCGCCCCAACUACUCCUAGUCUCGGGUGUCGGCCCUGCAUCCACUCUGAAGUCCCUGGGCAUCCCUGUCAUUGCGGACCGGCCCGGCGUGGGCCAAAACAUGCAGGACCACAUCUACUUCGGUCCGUCGUACCGUGUCAACGCGCCCACCCUGUCGGCGCUGGGAUAUCCCGACUUCGCCGCCGCUGCCGCGAAGGAAUUCAACGAGAACGCUUCCGGCAUGUACACCAACCCAACCACCGACGUGAUCGCCUGGGAGAAGGUCCCCAAGCAUCUGCGCUCGCGCUUCUCGAAGUCCACCUUGGCCUCCCUGGCCACCUAUCCCGCUGACUGGCCCGAGCUGGAGUACCUCUCACUGAGCGCCUACCUGGGAUAUCAGGCCAACCUAGCCACGGGCGACCCGCACGACGGAUACAACUACGCCACACUGUCCGUGGCCCUCUGCACUCCCCUGUCGCGAGGCAACCUGACCAUCUCGUCCGCCGACGUGCACGACGACCCGAUCAUCAACCCCAACUGGCUGACCCACCAGUCCGAUAUUGACGUAUCGAUCGCAGGCUUCAAGCGGGUACGCGAAUUCUGGAACUCCAAGGCCAUGAAGCCGUUCGUGAUCGGCGAGGAGGCGUUCCCGGGUCCUCACGUUCAGACCGACGCCGAGAUCGAGAAGAUCAUCCGCAAGAGCUUCAACACGAUCUACCAUGCCGCGUGCACCUGCGCCAUGGGCAAGAAGGAUAACCCCAUGGCGGUGGUUGAUACCAAGGCCCGGGUGAUUGGGGUCAAGGGACUGAGAGUCGUUGAUGCGGCGGCGUUCCCGUUGCUGCCGCCGGGUCAUCCCCAGGCUACUGUUUAUGCGCUGGCCGAGAAGAUUGCGUGCACUAUCACCGGUGCUUGUUGA